AUGACGACGCGGACGCUUUCGUCGAGUGAUCGAGGUCUUUUACCAGAUGACACACAGCGAUCGAGUGCGGAAGCUGGAAAAGAACAGCGAGAAGGCAACGCAGGCGCGGACUCCGCGGAGACGAGUCGGAGAGAGCCGCGGGCGCGCUUCAGCUACGAUUUUUCGCCAAUGAGCGUGGUGGUGAAGGAAAAGUCCAAGCGAUGGUACGAAUUCCUCACCUCCCUCAUGGCCAUCUUGGGCGGGACCGUCUCGACCUUCACCAUCGUGGAGCUCACCAGUGGAGCAGUCGAGACGGUCGGUACUGCUGUGAAGGAUGCCUUGGGGAAGAAGAACUACGAAGAAGUCCUCGCCGCGGACGCGUUCCCGGCGAGGUAUAGAUCGGUGAUGAGCUGGGGAAACAAACGGUCAUGGAACGACGACUCGUGGAAGGAUUCGGGCUAUAGCAACAAAGGGGCUUAUUGGUCAAACACCAAGAGGUCCAGGACCGAUGACUGGAAGGACAACAAUGGUGGCUCUUGGGGUCAGGGUGGCCGGCGGCGAGACCGUGAGCCCUACAAGACCAAGGAGGACCUCGACGCCGAUCUGGAGAAGUACUUCGGACGCUCGACCGAGGGCGACGGGGGAACCAAGGCCUUUGAAAGCACGGAAGAUAUUGAAGCAAAGUGGAACACUGCCAAAUCCCUGGACCAUGAUUUGGAUACCUACAUGAAUCGAAAAGGAGAGGAGGGGAAAAAGGACGAGGCUAAAGAGCCUGAAGCCGAAGCCGACGAGGCUGAAGAAGCCGAGAAGGGGAAAGAAGACUCCUGA